AUGUUAGUACGAUUACGCUCAAAAGAAGGAACUGUUCGCAUGGAAGUUGAUCCAAAUGAAGAUGUAACUUCAUUAGGAGAAAAGAUAGCAAAACAAUAUAAUUUAAGCGACCUUUCAACUAUUGCUAUUUCUGACAGGCCAACUACUUCUCAACCGAUAAUUCAGUUAGCAGGCCAAACUCUUAGUCAAAUAGGACUUAGUUGCAAACAUGCUGGAAAAGGAAUGUGUGAUUAUUGUAUGCCGUUAGAGCCUUACGAUACAAAAUAUCUUUCUGAAAAAGGGAUAAAACACAUGUCAUUCUAUGCUUAUUUACGUAAAAUUAAUAAACAAAACAAACAACAACAGAAUAUGAAAUUUAUUCCACCAUUAGAAGAACCAGACUUUAAAGUAAAAACUAAUUGUUCAAGUGGUCAUGCACCAUGGCCUGAAGGGAUUUGUACAAAAUGUCAACCAAGCGCCGUCACCUUACAACUUCAACAAUAUCGCAUGGUGGAUCAUGUAGAAUUUUCUGUGUCAAGUUUAAUUAAUGAUUUUAUUAAUUUUUGGCGAUCUACUGGAUAUCAAAGAUUUGGAUAUUUAUAUGGUAGAUAUGAAUCAUAUCCUGACGUACCACUAGGAGUAAAAGCUGUUGUUGAAGCAAUAUAUGAACCACCACAAGAAGAUGAAGUAAAUGAGUUGUCCUUGACACUUCCAUGGAAUGAAGAAAGUUUAAUUGAUGAAGUUGCUGCGGAAUGUGGUUUGACUAAGGUCGGGAUGAUUUACACAGAUCUUGUAGAUGAUGGAACAGGACAAGGAAAAGUUAUUUGUAAAAGACACAUUGAUUCAUAUUUUCUUUCAUCCCAAGAAUGUUGUUUUUCAGCGACAAUGCAGAAUAAGCAUCCAACGCAUACAAAAUGGUGCGUAUCCAAACAAUUUGAUAGUAGAUUCGUUACGUGUGUGGUGACAGGAAAUGAAAAUGGUGACAUUGAUGUUUCAUCAUACCAAGUUUCAAACACAUGUGCAGCCAUGGUAUCUGCCGACAUUAUUGAACCUAGCGUAGAUCCAAGCAUAAUGAGAGUAAAAGAGAGCACCUCAAAAAGAUAUGUGCCCGAAGUAUUUUAUAAUUAUAAAAAUAAAUACGGUAUUGAAGUUAAAGAAAGUGCAAAACCUAGCUUUCCCGUUGAAUAUCUGUUGGUUAAUACUUUUCCAAUUGCAAAUAGAAGUGUAUUGGAAACUCAGGAUUUAAGAAAUUUACAUAUUUACCUUGGAUCUACAUCCAGUGAAGACAUUGAUAACGAAUUACUUUCUAAUUUCCAAUUAUUAACUUAUAUAAAAAGCACAGAUAUUCUAGAUCAGAAUGACUUUUCCUCAUUGGUAAAAUGCGCAACUUCACAUGAACCAAACGAUGCAGUUCAAUUAGCAAUCAAUCCUGGUUGGCAAACAUUAUUAGCAAUCAUGAGAGAGAAAUAUGGGGGUGGAAAUUGUAUUUUACAUUUUUGGUAUCUGUAUUCCAAAGAGAAAUUAUUCAAUCUCAAACGUGAAUUCACUCAACGUUUAAAGAUUACUUUUUUAAAAAGAUUUGUUUUACAUUGGUAA